AUGUCUUUUGAAACACGAGACAAAGUGGUUAACAAAAAAAUAUUUUCCACAAAUGCUGUUAAAAUAAACCAAAAUUAUCUUCGCUUUCACUCUCACUCAUUCUAUUUUACUCCCUCUCAUUCUCUUUCACUUUUACUCUCUUUCUCAUUCUCUUUCACUCCCUCUCAUUCUCUUUCAUUUUCACUCCUCAUUCUCUUUCAUUUCCUCUCAUUCUCUUUCACUUUCACUCUCUUUCUCAUUCUCUUUCACUCCCUCUCAUUCUCUUUCAUUCCCUCUCAUUCUCUUUCACUUUCACUCUCUCACAUUCUCUUUCAAUUUCUCUCAUUCUCUUUCACUCCCUCUCAUUCUCUUUCAUUUCCUCUCAUUCUCUUUCACUUUCCACUCUCUCAUUCUCUUUCAAUUUCUCUCAUUCUCUUUCACUCCCUCUCAUUCUCUUUCAUUUCCUCUCAUUCUCCUUCACUUUCACUCUCUCACAUUCUCUUUCAAUUUCUCUCAUUCUCUUUCACUCCCUCUCAUUCUCUUUCAUUUCCUCUCAUUCUCUUUCACUUUCACUCUCUCACAUUCUCUUUCAAUUUCUCUCAUUCUCUUUCACUCCCUCUCAUUCUCAUUCAUUUUCACCCACCUCUCGUUCUCUUUCAUUCCCUCUCAUUCUCUUUCACUGCCUCACAUUCUCUUUUACUCUCUCGCAUUCUCUUUCACUCUUUCUCAUUCUCAUUCACUUUCACUCUCUUUCUCAUUCUCUUUCACACCCUCUCAUUCUCUUUCAUUCCCUUUCAUUCUCUUUCACUUUCACUCCCUCUCAUUCUCUUUCAUUUUCACCCACCUCUCGUUCGCUUUCAUUCCCUCUGA